AUGACUACAUCCAAAUACGAAGAAUCCAUCAAAGAGCUUGCAUCUCAAGACGACGCUAAACGAUUGAAAGCACUUCGAUUUAUCAAGAAUUCAGUCAUUGGAAACAAGACAAAGAAGGAAUUGUACAUUAAGCUUGGCGUUGUUCAAAGACUUGUGGAAUACUUGUCGCUGCCAGAUGAUAGCUCGUCUUACAAUCUAAAGACACAGGCAGCUACCAUUCUCGGCAGCAUAGCUUAUGGAAAAGACGAAAAUGUGUCUGCCGUGGUGGCAUCUGGUGCUGUGAUUCCUUUAUUAGAUACACUUGAAUUGCCAGACAACAAGCCUAUUCUGGAAGCUAUUCAAGAAAGAAGAAAACUGAUUGAGGCCGCUACAAGAGCGUUGAAGGCUAUUUUCGCAUCAUCAAGAACAGUAAAAUAUGAUACUUUCACAGAUAAGCACAUUCAUGAUUUAGUCACGCUGUUGGACACCACCUCCAGCUUUUUGACAAGCGAGCCUCAAGGCAACGUAUCAUCGGAAGGAUUAUCGUACGCUAUGAUUGCAGAGUUCACAGCUGCCAUUAUUGCAAAAUGCUGCGACACGCCAUUACAGCAAUUGCAAUUGGAAACAGCUGGGGCCAUUCAGCCUCUAGUCAAUCUGCUGCAUUCCGGUUGUAUCAAAGCACAGGAGGCCUCGCUCGAUGCCAUUGCCACUUUAUGCCGUGAAAACAAAGUGUUGGGUGAAUAUAUCAUUAAAUCAAAAACCCUCAACUCGAACCAAUUGACUACAAAUACCAUUCUUGAUUUCGUGAGGGAUAAAAACCCCAACAUGAGAUUGAUUGCUGCCACAUGUUUGACCAACCUGUAUCGCACUGGUGUCUUUAAGGAGCCGUUCAGUGAAAUCACACUUGUUGUAUUGCCAGCGCUUGUAAAGUUAUUACAGGACACAACAGACGACGUACAAGAAAGGGCACCCCUUGUAUUGGCAGACCUGAUAAAGGACAGCGAGGAAAUGCAAAAGGCGGCUUUUGAUGCGGACGCCAUCUCUCGUUUGGCUGAGCUCUUGGCCAGUGUGUCAUCCAAGGAUGCUGAUGAAGACGAAACUGCACAAUUAGGAGUACCUGGCAUGGGAAGUGUAGCAAAGAGAAAGGAGAAGAUCAAGGAAAACUCGCUGAUUGCUAUUGCUGCAGCUACUUUGUUGAAGGAAGAAUGUCGUACACAGGCCAUUGAAGCAAAAGUCUUGCCUCAUGUCAUCUCUGGUCUGACAAGCAAGCAGCAACAUGUUCGCUUAGCUGCCUGUCAAGCCGCUAAAUCGUUGUCUCGCAGUGUCAGUCAUCUGAGAACCAGUCUUGUCGACGCUGGUGUGGCACUACCCCUUAUCAAGUUGCUGUAUGAUGAAUCGCUUGUUGUUCAGGCUGCUGCUUGUGGUGCCCUGUGCAAUCUUGUGCUCGAGUUCUCACCCAUGAAGAAAAGCGUGAUUGAAGCUGGCGCCAUUGCUCGAUUUGUAGAAUACUCUCGUUCCAGCGAUUCUACCCUCCAACUCAAUGGUGUUUGGGCAUUAAACAAUUUGCUAUUUAGAGCUGAUCUUCAGGCAAAGAAAUCCGUCAUGGAUGUUUUGACUUACAAUGCGUUGAUCGAAUUGUUGCAUGACUCCAGUCUCGCUAUACAAGAACAAGCCCUGGAGAUUGUGCGUAAUUUAGUGUUUGGUAAACAGGAGGAUACAGACUGGGUCAUUCAAGGCAUUGGAAAGGACGAUUUACUGGAUGUACUGGAAAGUAAAUUACAGGUGACAUCGAAUAUGGGUGUGUCAGAUGAAGAAGAAACCACUGCCUCUACCUUGGUGCCAGCACUCUACAUUGUAGUCAAUAUGUCUAGUAAUGCCGAGGGCCCAAAAAUGGCUCUUGUUAGCCGCCCAAAUAUUGUCAAUAGUGUCAUUCAUCAUUUGGGACAUGAGGAUCCUCUAGUGAGAGUUGCUGCUGCUUGGUGUAUGAUCAAUUGGACAUGGGCUAAUUCAGAAGAGAAUUCAGAAGACUUGGUCAAGCGCUGUCAACGUUUAAAAGAGCUCGGUAUCGAGGAAAAGCUAAAGACCAUGGAAAACGACACAAGCCGAGAUGUUCGUGAUCGGGCAAACAGCGCAUUAGAGCAGCUUCGAGAGGUUCUUGCUGAUGCCUCUGCGUAA